CCUGCUGAUUGGCUGACGGCGAAGGCAGGGCUGUAUAAAUACGCUCAAAUUACAAUCCUAGUUCCUUUCGUGCCUUCGCUUUUUCAAGGUAACUGAGUAUGCCAGUCAUCAGAGCCCUUAGUAAGGUGGCAAAGCAGGCCCUGCUGGCCCCUGCAUGUGGAUGUCAACCUUUGACGGUGGCGAUUCGCAACAUCAGUUUCUCCCCACGUCAGGUCACCUCUGCAUCUGAUGCCAGCUUUCAUUCUGUCUCUUUCUCAGAGACAGACCACCCUAAAGUCCUCAUUACGGGUGGCCUUGGGCAAUUAGGGGUUGGGCUUGCUAAACUGUUAAGGAAGCGUUUUGGGAAAAACAAUGUGAUCCUCUCAGAUAUCAGGAAACCACCUAGCAACGUCUUUCACAGUGGUCCAUUUAUCUACUCCGAUAUUCUGGAUUACAAGAACCUGCGAGAGAUUGUAGUAAACAACAGGAUCACCUGGUUAGUGCAUUACAGCGCUCUCCUAAGUGCUGUCGGAGAAGCUAAUGUGGCUCUGGCACGAGCAGUUAACAUCACAGGGCUGCACAACAUCCUAGACAUUGCAGCAGAACAUGGGCUUCGUCUCUUUGUGCCCAGCACCAUUGGUGCCUUUGGACCAACUUCACCUCGAAAUCCCACUCCUGACCUCUGUGUGCAGAGACCACGCACUAUAUAUGGCGUUUCUAAAGUCCACGCGGAGCUCAUGGGAGAGUACUACCACCACCGUUACGGCCUUGACUUCCGCUGUCUGCGAUACCCUGGCAUCAUCUCUGCAGACUCGCAGCCUGGCGGUGGCACAACAGACUACGCCGUGCAGAUUUUCCAUGAUGCUGUCAAAACCGGAAAGUUUGAGUGCAACCUAAAGCCAGACACCCGGCUGCCCAUGAUGUACAUUGAUGACUGUUUGCGGGCGACGCUGGAGGUGAUGGAGGCACCAUUGGAAACGCUUAGCAUGCGCACGUACAACAUCAAUGCAAUGAGCUUCACCCCUGAAGAACUUGCAAAUGAGGUUCAGAAACAGCUGCCUGACCUUCAGGUCUCAUAUGAGAUUGACUCUGUACGACAGGCUAUAGCUGACAGCUGGCCGAUGAACUUUGAUGACACCAACGCUCGUAAUGACUGGGGCUGGAAACACGAUUAUGACCUGCCAGAAUUGGUUCAGACGAUGCUCAACUUCAUCGGAUCAGAGUCCCGCAUCGCUCAAGCCAACUGAUUCUGCUUAUGAACUGUGGACAUCUGUAUAUAUGGUAAAGAUUUCUAGUGACGCAGAAGAGAGAUCCACGGUCUGUAAAUAGUCAUAUUCCUGUUCUCUUUUGUGUCAUCUGUAUAGAGCUCUUUGGCUAGCGCAGGCUAUUUGUGUAUAAUUGCAGAUUAUACAAAGAGGUCGGGUCUCUUUUCUAGGAAAACCGCCAGAGAUGCAGAGGUAUUUUUUGGAGAGCGUAGACUGAAUGGGUUUAAACUUGACGUGAUCCUCUUGUGCUUUGCAUUUAGUGAUCAAAGGAUCAUCAUACCUCCAGGUAAAAUGAACCAAAUCAAUCCAAAAAUGAUUGUGGCAGAUCCUAGUUCUAGUCUCUUUCUGAGUUUUCUUUUCGCGUUUUAUUUAAGUAUAAUAAUUUGACUAUCUUGAAAGAAGGUAAUUUUUGAGGGGAAAGUAGUAGGAAUGGUUCUAGCAGCUGCAAGCCAUGCCAAAAUAAACCGACAGAAGACUCUGUGGUUUGGACAGGGUGGGACUCAAAUGCAGGUCCUCAGGGAAAGUGGGGGGACAUCGUGAUAAAUGAUGUUAUCGAAUCCCUCUGGGUUGCUUUUCCUCUCUUAUGCACUAUUACAUCUAUUUAUUCAGACGGCUCACAGAUGAAACGCCAGAUUCCACACUAACUGCUGUAUACUUUGUCACUUUUUGAUAAAUGCAAAUUCUCUCGUUGCAUUUGCCCAAACAUGAUUUCCCACAAGAAAAAAAAUAUUAUCCCGUAUGAAGGGGAGCGUGGGAAGCAAAUUUAAAUUAUUAUUUUUUAGUCAAGCUUUGCAUCCACAUCUUUUGAUCACAAAACUUGUGUCAAUAAAGCUUUUUUAUCUUUGA